UCCCUUCUCUCUUCGCUCACCUCACCUAUUUCAUUCGUCUUUCUCACUCUUACUCUCUGCUCUUUACUUGUUUCCGCAUGUGAGCCUUUUUUUGUCCUUUUCUGCGCUCGAUUCCGCUUUCUCCAACUCGUCUUCUCCUCUUUGGUUUCGUUUGCUCUGUUCCCGGUCAAAUCGGUCUUUUCUGUCAAUGCUCUAAUUUCUGACUAUUUCAUUGUUUAUGAAUAAAUUCUGCUCGGUUCUUUAGAUGGGAAUUUGUUGCUGCACUUUUUCCCUCUGCACCUUUUUAUUUAUUUGUUAAGGAUUAGAUUAAGUAAUUGUUAAUUGACCUAUAUUAGUAUUUAUUUAUUUAUUUAUGAGUGACCUUCCUCUUUACUAGGUGGUGAGAAGUAUCGAUUAACAACUAGAUUGGUUGUCGCCUUCAGAGUGAUUGAUUUUUCUUGACCAUCUUUCUCUCCUUUCUAAGGGUGAGACCAGUCAGUGGGUGAAACAGAUAGUUUACCUGUGGCUGUGGGUCUGCACAGUUUUUUCAAGUUGCCAAAAAUAGUUUUGAAGUGCUCUCUGUGUUGCAAUAAGACUUGGUGUAUGUACAUAGCAGAAUGAAACAAAAGGGUUUUUUACUGUUCUCCUUGGAACUUAACAUAAAAUAGAACUCUCUGUCUUCUUGCCUGGCUACGAAAAGUACUCUUCGUAUUUCCUUUGACGGGCUGAACUUCUUGGUUGAUUCUCGAUGAUUUUGUUGAUUCUUUGGUGCAGAGAUGGAGGUUGCUCGGAUCUUAAUUGAUCUUCGUAGACGUUGCGUCUGUGGUUGAUGUCAGUAGAAAUGGACUACAUAUUUGUGCUUUUGCUAUUGGGUUGCUUAUGUUCUUCUGUGUUGCCUGAUACGCAAGGAGAUGCACUAUAUGCAUUGAAGCUAUCUUUGAAUGCUUCAGUUCACCAGCUUAAUGACUGGAACCAAAAUCAAGUGAAUCCUUGUACUUGGUCACGUGUUUACUGUGAUGCAAACAACAAUGUUAUGCAAGUAUCACUAGCGUAUAUGGGAUUCACAGGAUACUUGACCCCAAGAAUAGGAGUUCUAAAAUAUCUUAAUGCUCUUUCUUUACAAGGGAAUGGCAUCGCUGGCAACAUACCAAAAGAGUUAGGAAACCUGACAAACUUGGUCAGGUUGGAUUUGGAAAACAACAAAUUAACUGGAGAAAUUCCUUCUUCCCUUGGGAAUCUUAAGAAGCUGCAAUUCUUGACAUUGAGCCAAAACAAUCUCAGGGGGACCAUUCCAGAAUCACUUGCCAGUCUUCCAUUCUUGAUCAAUGUUUUGCUAGAUUCAAAUGAUUUGAGUGGCCAAAUCCCAGAGCAGUUAUUUAAAGUUCCUAAAUACAAUUUCACUGGAAAUAAUUUGAACUGUGGUGCCAGCUACCAUCAACUUUGCGAAUCUGAUAAUGCAGAUCAAGGUUCAUCCCAUAAACCAAAAAUUGGCCUCAUAGUUGGAAUUGUUAUAGGAUUAGUUAUUAUCCUUUUCCUUGGUGGUCUGCUGUUCUUUUGGUGCAAGGGUAGACACAAGGGUUACAGGCGUGAAGUUUUUGUAGAUGUUGCAGGUGAAGUAGAUCGGCGAAUUGCAUUUGGUCAACUAAAAAGAUUUGCUUGGAGAGAACUACAGAUAGCCACAGACAAUUUCAGUGAGAAAAAUGUUUUAGGACAGGGAGGCUUUGGAAAGGUUUAUAAAGGUGUUCUUGCUGAUAACACAAAAGUUGCUGUCAAAAGGUUAACUGAUUAUGAAAGUCCUGGGGGAGAUGCAGCUUUCCAGCGUGAGGUUGAGAUGAUAAGUGUAGCUGUGCAUAGGAACCUGUUACGGCUGAUUGGGUUUUGUACUACCCCAACUGAGCGCCUCUUAGUUUAUCCCUUCAUGCAGAACUUAAGUGUGGCCUAUCGUCUACGAGAACUCAAACCUGGGGAACCUGUUCUGGAUUGGCCUACAAGAAAACGAGUGGCUCUAGGAACAGCUCGUGGCUUAGAAUAUCUUCACGAACAUUGCAAUCCUAAGAUUAUUCAUCGGGAUGUGAAGGCAGCUAAUGUAUUACUAGAUGAAGAUUUUGAAGCUGUUGUUGGUGAUUUUGGUCUGGCAAAGUUAGUUGAUGUUCGAAAAACUAACGUCACAACUCAAGUCCGUGGGACAAUGGGCCACAUAGCUCCAGAAUAUUUGUCCACUGGAAAGUCCUCGGAAAGGACUGAUGUUUUUGGCUACGGGAUUAUGCUUUUAGAACUUGUUACAGGUCAACGAGCUAUUGACUUUUCACGUUUAGAAGAGGAAGAUGAUGUGCUGUUACUUGAUCAUGUUAAGAAAUUAGAACGAGAGAAAAGACUUGAUGCAAUUGUUGACCGCAACCUAAAUAAAAAUUACAACAUACAAGAGGUAGAAAUGAUGAUACAAGUCGCAUUGCUCUGUACGCAAGCAACACCAGAGGACCGUCCACCAAUGUCGGAGGUUGUAAGAAUGCUUGAAGGAGAAGGGUUGGCUGAAAGGUGGGAGGAAUGGCAGCAUGUGGAGGUCAAUCGGAGGCAAGAAUACGAGAGAUUACAAAGAAGAUUUGACUGGGGAGAAGAUUCGGUUUAUAAUCAAGAUGCCAUUGAGUUGUCUGGUGGGAGAUGAGUGGAUCUAUAAAUUUAUAACAUAUAUGUUGUAUGUUGUACCUCAAUAUCCUUUUUUGCUAGGUUAAGCUUGAUUAGGGAUGUAAUUUUUCUUGUUUUCCAACUGUAAAAAAAGGGAAAAAAUAGUUGUAAAAUUUUUAUGUUCCAACAGGCUUUAUGGUGUGAAUUUUUUUCCCUAGAUAAAUUAGGAAUUUAUUAGAAAAUUCUGUUUGGUGAAUUUUCAGCAAUGAUCCCAUUACAGGGGUUCCUAUUAAUUACAACACAUUUCGUCAAACAAUGAUUUGACAUUUAAAUG